GCAGACGCAUCAUUCAAAAGGUCUGAGAUUUGGUGUUGUUGGUGUCGUUGGGAGCUGUCGAAACAUCAGCGUCAGAAUGUGUUCGGGUGGCUUUGCCAGAUGUCUGGGGUUCACUCUGAUACCCUUGUGCAUUGUGUGUGUGCUGUGCAACAUCCUGCUCUUCUUUCCCGGAGGAAAGUCAGUGGACAGAGAAAACAUCACAGACCAGGUCUGGUACUUUGGAGGCAUUCUGGGAUCUGGAGUGCUGAUGAUCUUCCCUGCUCUGGUCUUCCUGGGUCUGAAGAACAAUGACUGCUGCGGUUGUUGUGGCAAUGAAAGCUGUGGUCGGAGAUUCGCGAUGUUGAGUUCGAUGCUGUUUGCAGGUAUUGGUGUUGUGGGCGCCGGUUACUCAGUUAUAGUCUCAGCAGUGGCCAUCAACCGUGGACCUAAGUGUUUAUUUUCAAACGGCACCACACUCGACUGGGGCUAUCCCUUCUCCAAUGGAGACUACCUAGGCAACGCAACUUUGAGGGAUACUGUGUGUCAAGAGCCAGCGGGUGUGGUGCCCUGGCAUCUGUCUCUCUUUUCUGUGCUGCUGGUCAUGGGUCUGAUCCAGGUGGCGCUGUGUGCUUUUCAGGUGAUAAAUGGCCUGCUGGGAGCUCUGUGCGGGGACUGCUGUGGAGGGGGUGAUGAGCACUGAGCACUUCGUGUGGCUGAAGGUUGCUGACUUUCCUGUAUUUAUUCUGGUUCCAGAUGAUCCGACUCAUAUAGCAGUGAUAUUUUGUCAAAUAGCUCAUUGAUUCCAAUGUGGGAUUUAUCAGAAAACACUGGAAAUGACACGAGCUCUUUAAGAGUUUCCUAUUUCUUUCUUAAUGACCACAGAUGAGUCUGUCUUCGUAAUAUGAAAUCUGAAUCUGCUAUGCUGCAAAUAAUUUCCAACACUAGCCACUGUAGUCCCUGAUUUCCUCCUGCUAUGUGGGUUAGUUUUGUAGAAUUAAACUUGCUUUAAUUCUACAAUUAUUUAAUUAAAAUAUAUUUAAUGUAUAAAUAGCAAAUGGGACCAUGGGACAUACUAUGGAUUUUUUUUUUCAAUUUUCUUUCUUGUGUAGUCAAACAAAUGUAACUCCUAAAGGUUGCUUCUUUUAUAGAUAAGGAGUUUUAUCUGUUGCUUGACUGCCUCCUGCUGGGGAAGAUGUAAAUUUACCUACACCAUUAAAAAAAAAAAGAAAAAAAAUAACGUCUUACAGAGAGUGGCGUUAUUAAAAGACUGGUUCAUUUCUUAAACCAAUCUAUUUUUUUAUGUGUACUACAUUUACUGCUUUAAACCCAAACUAAUCACUGCGGAUAUUUCCCCCUUUCUCAUAAAACUUUUAAUUCUAUGGUAUGUUAAUAAAGUUUAUCUUUC